AAUCUGGUAUGCUAUUGCUAUAAGAGCAUCGAGUGAAAUGGGGAGGAAGAAGACUUGAGGAGGGAGGGCUUAGAGAAAAAAAUUGGAGGGUGAGAAAGUAAAGAAGAAAUGGGAAAGGGAGAAUCAGGAACAUGUGAGGAGAAGAGCAGGAUUUUGAUAGUAGGAGGCACUGGUUACAUGGGCAGGAGGUUCGUGAGAGCCAGCUUGAGCCUUGGCCAUCCCACUUAUGUCCUUUUUCGUCCAUUUGCAGGUCUCGAUAUUGAGAAGCUACAAAUGUUAUUUUCUUUCAGAAAUGCUGGCGCCCAUCUUGUUAAGGGGUCUUUUGAUGAUAAAGAGAGCCUUGUGGCAGCUGUGAAGCAAGUGGAUGUUGUUAUAUGUGCGAUUGCAGGAAACCACAUCCGCAGCCAUGCAAUCCCUGAACAGAUGAAGCUGGUGGAAGCCAUUAAAGAAGCCGGCAACAUCAAGAGAUAUCUUCCGUCUGAAUUCGGAAUAGACCCGGACAAAAUGAUGGACGCAAUAGAGCCAGGAAACGUGACUUUCAUCGACAAAAGAGUGGUGAGACGCGCGGUUGAAGCAGCGGGGAUCCCUUACACCUAUGUCUCUGCAAACUGCUUUGCCGGUUACUUUGUGGGGGGUCUUGCCCAACUCGGCCGUUUAACACCACCCUCUGACAAAGUUUUCCUCUACGGUGAUGGCAAUGUAAAAGCCAUUUGGGUGGACGAAGAUGACGUUGCAACUUACACAAUAAAAUCUGCUGUGGAUCCUCGCACUGCCAACAAGACUGUUUAUAUUCGCCCUCCCGCUAAUAUUUUGUCACAAAGAGAUGUGAUUGAAUUAUGGGAGAAAAAGUCUGACAAUCUCUUGGAGAAGAUAUCUCUAUCAAGAGAUGAGUUCUUGAAUCUUAUGAAAGGUCAGAACUUAGCAGAACAGAUUGGCAUGACACAUUUCUACCAUAUGUUCUUUGAUGGAUGCCUCUACAAUUUUGAGAUAGGAGAGGAGGGAAGAGAGGCUAGCCAGCUAUACCCAGACGUCAAAUACACCACUGUCGAUGCCUAUCUCGACCGCUAUCUAAUAUUAUAAUCAAUUCAUCUCAUUUCUUAUGUCCUCUUUUUUUGUUCUUGUUGAAGAGAGACAUUAAGUAUUGCUGAUGUGGAAUUUGAAAUAAUCACAGACAUUUUAUGAUAUUACAUGUAAUCAUAAAAUUCCCAAAGUUGAAGCCAUCUCUUACAUAUCAAUAAUCUGAAUCUCAUCAAUUUCAAUAUUAAUGAUCAGUCACUGUGCCAACAACAGCAUCAUUGAUGGUGUAAGUUAAACGUCUUGUAGAUGGUGGUAUUUCAAAACUAAUUAAUAUGUUAUUGUAA